AUGGAAACAUGGUUUUGGAUUGUUGGCUGGUCUCUUUCCAUCCUGACCAUGACUGGAAAUGGAUUUAUUAUCUUCCUUGUCUGCAGAAGACGGCGGCUUCGCACCAAAACCAACGCAUUUAUAUUUUCUCUUGCAGUGGCUGACUUCUGUGCUGGGUUGAGUGCCUUCCCUCCGCUUUUCCUCUGCGACGCGAUAACUGGAUGCGACCCAAAGGCUUUCCUUGCGAGCGGAGUGGAUUAUUUAAGGUGGCUGUUCAUGUACGCGUCCGUGACAAACUUAUGCUGUUUAGUCCUGGAGCGUUACGUUGCAGUUGUGAAGCCUUUAAGGUAUUUGACUUUUAUGACGCGAAGACGUGUUUCCCAGAUGAUCUUUAUAUCCUGGACCAUUGCAGUGGUUAUCGUCUUGGUUUUUAUACUAAACUGGCUUGUUUUUAGUGAGGGUCUGUUGUUUAAAGUGCUGAUAUCGAUUCUAAUGUUUUUGUUAGAAUUCUUACCGUGUUGCGGUCUAAUUUUCUGCUUUGGAUCAAUGUACUAUGUUAUUUAUAAGCACGAAAGAGCCGCCCAUAUCUUAGCAAAACAACUGCGCUUUAACCACCGAUUUUUGUUCAGAGUCCAGGGGAAGUCUGCUGUUAAAAUAAUGGCAAUUGUUAUCGGCUUGUUUCUUGUAGCUUAUUCGUUAGCUUUGCGAUGUAGCUUUAUUUACAUUUUGAAAGACGAAAAACCGUGUGAUGAUCAAGAAUAUAAAAUACCCCUUCUUGUAUUAAACUCCGCCAUUAACCCCGUCGCUUACGCUAUCUUCAAGAGAGACAUAAACAUGGAGGUAACACGGUAUAUUUGCUGUUUCAUAUGUAAAAAAAGGAACCACAUUGAGCCCAUUAAUGAAAACAACUCAUUCAUCCUACGCAGCUAUAAUGCAUAG